AUGGAGUACUGGGACUUCGAGGACAGCGACCUUGCUGCUCUGGUGGGGUCCAGUAUCUCACAACCCCAGAUGGAGCAUCGACCAGCUGAAUCACUAGGAUUGGAGGACGACCCAGUGAAGCUCUCAUCGUCCGGAAGGCUUAGUGGUAGUAACAAUGGAGGUGAUCAACUGAAAUUUCUAUGCCUGGUCGACGGUUGCAGGGCAGACCUCAGCCGUUGUCGGGAAUAUCAUCGGCGGCACAGAGUCUGCGAGCUCCACUCCAAGGCCCCUGUUGUCGUCGUCAGGGGCGAACAGAAGCGAUUCUGCCAGCAGUGCAGCAGAUUCCAUUCUCUGGUGGACUUUGAUAAGGUGAAGAGAAGCUGCAGAAAACGUCUCAAUGGACACAACCAGCGCCGGCGGAAACCUAAACCGGAAUCCUUCUACUUCAGUUCCCACUUCUUCUUCUCCACAUACCAAGGUCCCAGGAUCCUGCAAUUUAGUAAUCCACGAGUAUGUGCAACAACUAAUGUGAGAUGUAUCUGGCCUGUUAAGGACAAAAAAGGAGCAGAACCCAUGCGUUCUAACUACCACCACCAGUGGUUGUCCGCAACUGACGAACGAAGUCCUCCCAAUUCCUUCAACGGCGGAGGAGAUAAACAAUUUCUUUUCUUGCAAGCUAAUGAUCCUAAAGCCGCUGCAGGCAACCGAGCAGCCCCUCAAGCGUUCAUGUGCCAGCAGCAGACGUUUCCAACAACCGUUGCUGCUGCCUCACCAAAAAGCACAAAGAGUUGUGCCCUCUAUCUUCUGUCAUCUCAUCCAACACAAAAUUCAGUGAGUGGGCCAGACCACUUGGCUCAGUCCACUGUCACCACUACUCAUCCAUGCUCACAUGAUGUGGAGGACAGGCCUGUAAAUCCAGAAAUGAUGUUUCCAAUGCGCCCUGAUUGCUUUUGGGACAACUGA